GUUAUAAAAAAAUAAUGAGAUUUUUAACUAAAAUAUUAAUCGAAAAACUUUACAGACUACAGCCUCCUCGAUGGACAACGUUUUGCCGCUGUAUUUCAGUCUUAAAUGGCGAGAGUACGCGCAAAUUAUGUAAAUACUUUGAUAUCAGCCAAAACAUAGCAGAAUUUAUAAGUUUAAAGCAGCCUUACGUCAAUAAAUUAGACGAACCUGCGUUAAAAGACCUCAUUGAAACCGUGAACGAGUUAGGAUUCACAAAAGAUGUCAUAAUAAAUGACCCGCAGAUGUUCAGUAUAAUGCCAAUAACUUUGCGAUUUCGGCACAAAGUUUUGGUAGAGUGUGGGUUUCAAAAUAUAACACCACAGCAUUUAUUAAGAUAUUUAACAAUAAUGAAACAGAAAUCAAUAAGAUCUUUGAAAAGUUGCGGUGAACUACCAAAUAUAGAUGUAGAAAAACGUCUGGCAAGUUUUAUGACACAGUGGCCCACAUCUUUGAGCAAUUUAACAUUUGGAGACAACCAUGAAACAACACUAUAUAGCUUAAGACUGAAAAUUCUUCAACGGUAUUUAGAAUUGGUAUUAGAUUUGUCAGAAGAUGAAUUCCAGCGUGGUUUAAAAACAUACCCGACAAUCAAACAUCGGCCAUUACAAAUUAUAAAUGAAACACUCAAUUUACUCCGAUCAGUUGUGAUGAUACCAGACAAGAAGAUAAGAGCGAAUCUGUACCUGAUUCAUGUUGAUCCGGAGAAUUUGAAGCAAAUAAUUUACAAGUUCCGUUUUAUAGGAGGUAUUGAUGUCAAAGAAGUGUUAAGACUACAUCCGAAACUAGCUACGAAGAGAUAUGACGUUAUGGUAGAAAUUAGGAAUAUUUUACAGGAAUAUGGGAUAAGUUUGGAGGCUCAGAGAAGAUGUUUUGACAUUUACACGCUCAGUCCUGUGACAAUACGAGAAAGACUAGAAGAAGCUAAAUCUAUACCUGAAUUUGAAGCAUUAGAAAACCAUCCUAGAUUCCUCAAAAUGAUACAUUAUAAAAACACAGCAAUGAAUAGGCUUAAAAACUUGUAUGAAAAUAGGAAACAAUGCCUAAGCCUGAAUGUGUUAUCGGGAAGCUCCGCACAUUACGAAUCAUUCCAGAACUCUCCGGGAGAUCGACUCGGCAAAGGCAAAGAUUUGGUUUUCUGUAUCACUGAAUCCCUUGGAAAAGUUUACAGUCCAAAUCAAAUAUGGAAAAUGGUGAAGAAACAUCCGUAUCGGUUUAAUGUGCCUCUUGUACAGGUAAAAUUUGUAUGUCAAGAGUUGGCAAGGAAAUUCGAUGUCCAAGAUAUUUAUGAGAACUGUCCAAUAUUACUAUAUCCGUGGAGUAAAAUUGAAACUAUGCUCAACAAGUUUGAAGAAAAGAAAUCUACAGAAUUAUUGCACAAUAAGGAAGUCUUAGAUGUAACAAAAUUAAGUAAAUCACAAGUCCUAAGUUUAGUUGUAUAUUUGUUAGAGAAAAGUCACUAUUUUACAGGGAAUGGUGUGUGGGAUGAAACUGUAAAAAUAAAAAGUUAAUUA